CUGCGCAGAUCGCCGGUUCGCUCUUUCCGGGGACGGUAGUUUUAAUACUCGAGACUGCAACUUGCAAGUAGAUCGGGAUCAUGGAAAAAAAGAGCGAAUCCAACCCAGUGGGGUCGUUAGUAGUAGCCGCUCGGGAAGUGUACAAGAGGGUUUAUGGCGGAGAAGAUCCUAAAAUUGCAGUGUCGGCCCCCGGAAGGGUAAAUUUGAUCGGAGAGCACACCGAUUACAAUCAAGGUUUCGUGCUGCCUAUGGCCAUACAGAUGAGAACAGUGGUAGUUGGGAGUCCAAGGGAAGAUGGAAUAAUAUCCAUAACUACGACUGCAGAGGAAGCGGAAGAGCCUAAAACUGUGCACUUUCCAGUCCCAAGGGAAGAUGAGUCCUUGAAACCCGGAGAACCUUGCUGGGCUAAUUAUGUAAAAGGGGUUAUCCAGCAUUAUAAAGCUGGCCCUCUCCCAGGCUUUGAUGUUGUGAUAGAGAGUAAUGUACCAAUAGGUGGUGGUCUCUCAAGUUCAGCGUCCUUAGAAGUGGCCGUGUACACCUUCCUGCAGCAGCUCUCUUCUGAUGACAGAAAUCCAGUUACUAAGGCACUGGUGUGCCAGAAAGCGGAACACACCUUUGCAUUGAUGCCUUGUGGUAUCAUGGACCAAUUUAUCUCCGUGAUGGGGAAGGAAGGACAUGCCUUGCUGAUAGACUGCAGGUCCUUGGAAACUCGCCUGGUCCCUUUGACCGACCCAGACUUAGUUGUUCUCAUCACCAACUCCAAUGUACGACACACUUUGACAGGCAGCGAGUAUCCCACGCGCCGGCGACAGUGCGAAGAGGCAGCCAAAUUGCUGGGAAAGGCAAGCCUGAGAGAAGCCACCAUGUCAGACUUAGAGGAGUCCAGGAGCCUCCUGAGUAAGGAGAUGUACAGGCGAGCCAGGCAUGUGAGUGGAGAGAUUGAACGCACGGCUAGGGCAGCCGAGGCUCUGGAGGCCAGGAAUUAUAAGAGGUUUGGAGAGCUGAUGGUAGAGAGCCACAAUUCCUUACGGGAUGACUAUGAAGUUAGUUGUCCAGAAUUAGAUGAACUGGUAGCUGCUGCCAUGGAAGUUCCUGGAGUUUAUGGUAGCAGAAUGACUGGUGGUGGUUUUGGAGGUUGCACUGUAACUCUUCUUGAGUCUGGAGCUGCAGAAAAAGUUCUGAAGCAUAUCAAGGACAAAUACAGCAGGAGAGCGACAUUUUAUUUCACAAAACCCGCUGAUGGAUCUAAAGUGCACCUCCUGUCUUGAAAGCUCUUCCGCCUGGUCUAUAGGAUUCACUGCUGUACUAAGAAAAACAUGAUGCUUUGGGACAGCCUCCCUGGACAUUAGCUUGGAGCAAAGACUUGACUUCUUCCAUAAAAGGGAGCAUCAGUCACAGAUCAGUGAAGUCAUUGAAAACCUGUGCGCGCACACAGAUGGUUUUUUCUUUCAACCAAGAGCCCCAAAGAGAUUUUUUUUGUCUCCUUUACAAGACAGUUUGGAGCACAAAAUUUCCUUUUCAGUGAAACACUGUGAUGAGUUUGACUAAAUAGUCCUUGAUUUCUGCAUACAAUUUUCUAUAAGAAGUUCCUUCAACAAUCUGGAUGGAAAUACUGGGUCGGACAAAGUCUGGCAUAAACUCCACAGCUCCAAAGCAAUUCCUUUUUUAAUCUUCCUAAGUAGAGACUAAUGGAACUAGGCUUACUCCUUUAGAUUGUGCUCUAAGUAUUGCUUCUAUUCUUUCCUUCCUGCUUACCCAUUAAUGAGCCAUCUUCCAAUAGUGAAUUAUCCACUAAACAUCUCUUGAAUAGAGUCACUUUGUGAUGAGUUUCUCUAUUGCAUUCCAUAUUAUCAUUUGUUAAUGACUAGGACAGGCUGAUGUGAGAUAAUACCCUCAACCCAUAUAAUUGGUAUAGUUAAGUGUUGUGGUAGAAAGUGACAACUGUAGUCAGUCACAGUGAAGUCAAAAUAAAACAGGCAUCAUAAUGUCUAUGAGAUGAUGUGAUUGUGUAAUUGCAUCAUGACUUCUGAUGCAAAAUUGUGUUAUUUGUAUGAUGCCAUGAUGCAUGUAUCUUUUGUCUCCCCUCCCUCUGCCCAAAUUCUGAUCCAAUGGACAUAUGUAAUUAAAUUAAGUAAAAUUUACAGUAAUGAUAACCUUUCUUGCAAUAUGAUUUUCAACUUAAAGUAAUUGGCUAUGCUCCCUUGUAUGAAACCUUCAUGUGGUUAAUUGGUUUUCAUUUUAGCAUGAUAUUGAUCCAGCAUGAUUUGUAAACGUUAUGCAUAAGCACAAUGUCUUAAUAAAUCAGGGUUAAACACAUCAUGGAUUAGUAAUGUGUAAGCCCAGCCAAUACCUGGUUAAUAUCAACUGUUCAUUAACCAGAUUUUAAAUUAUCAAAUACCUAGCCUGUGUUAUCAUGUAAAGCUUAGUGUUUUGUGCAGCCAUUAUAUCCCAACAGUACUAUUUCAACUGUAUGUUUUGCAAUGGCAACAGUUGCGUUAAAAAUGAGCUUCAGCUGGGCACUUAAAUGCAUUCACAAAAAUCAUUCAAUUAUUCUUCACAUAUAACUCAGCUACUAAACAGAUGCAAACUUAACUUUUUCCUAAUAAUAUUUUUUAAAGACAGAUCACAUUGCUAUUAAUGCUAAUCUUUAAUGCUAAUCUUGAGUACCUUAUCCUUUCAACUAUAGCCAUUUUAGUAACAUUUUCAGUAGAAGUUAUAUAUUUUGCUUGUAUUGCCUAAGCCUAUUGAGGUUUAGGUCUGUAUAAGAUUUGCAUCGUUGCCCUCAUUAGCAAUCAAGGGGUUUUUUUUACACAUAGCAUAUUUGGAAAUAAAAAAAACAACUGUGAUCAUAGAGAAAAUGUUUAUUAAGUGCAAUACAAAGCCAUCUGGUCCAAAGCACCAUCUGUCAGAUCUCUGAAAUACUGAAACUGCAUAUGUACUUAAUUCCAUCAACCUCUACAAGCUGUAAUGAUCUACAAACAUGUAAUUUAUAUUAUAAUGUGUUUUUCAUUAUACAUCAGUGAAAGCAUAGGAUGCCUUUUAAAACUUCUAUUUAGAAUGAUUAUGUUACUAAAAUAUGGCCAAUAGAUACCUCCAGGGACUCUUUGGAUUAUACCAAGAUGUAUGGCUCUUAUGAUGAGGGAAAAGUUUAUUAAUCAGUAGUAAGAGUUUGCAAGAAACUGGAAAUCAUAUCAGAAAAAGAAAUGGGAAGCUCUGGAGAUAAAAAUUCAUGCAGCUUUUCCUAGGAAGAAAUUAUUUGGAACUCCCUUACAAAGGAUCCAGGAAAUCAUUAAUCCUGUUGAAUACUAAAGAAAUCUCGCCCUUUUAAAAGGCAGUCUGGGAACUUUAACAAUAUGAUUCACAGCACUGAAUAUGGGAUUCUAAGAGCUCAAGAUUGAAGCAUUUUACCUGAAUGGCCCAGCUGCAUUACUCUUCCUACUGGCAUUGAUAAGCAAAUGUUUAGUUUCAGGAAAUGUUAUGUCCAUCUGUUCUGAGAACCACACACAACUAUGGGGCAAGUCGUGGGGUGCAGGAUAAGCCAGUUAGAGUUACCCAC